GGGUACAUCUCCCUCGUGUGCGAGACCAAAACGCAAAAUGGCAUCGGCCCUGGGAGAGAGCUGGUGAUCUCGUAUGGCAACGAGUACAACCACAAUGCUCCCAGUUCUGAUGGCAAUGAAGCGCACUCUCCGCUGAAGAAGUUCAAAGGCGCGCUUGCUGCACUCUUCGAGAAGCAGGCCGCAGCAGCAAACCCUGGGCCAGCGCCAAUGCCACCAGCGCCGACACCUGCCCCGGCGCUGCCAGCCCCUCCACCAGCGUCAGGGGCACCCACACCACAGCCCACAGCUCAGCCGGCACCAAAGCCGGCACCAAAGCCGGCCCCUGCACCACAGCCGGCGCCGCCUGCGCCAAAGCCGGCGCCUGCACCAAAGCCAGCGCCGGCGCCACCACAGCCAGAAGCGCUACAGCACACGCAGCAGCUUGCGAAAUUUGAGAACCCUCCUUGCGCUCUACUCGCCUCCACCGACACCGAGACCCCAACCCUGCACCUGAAGAGCUUGUGCGAUUCAAACAAAGUCUUCAAGAAAGAGCAGGUGUUGUGGAGGUGCGGCUCUGGGAAGCUUGUUGUGAACGCAGCAGCUUCCUCGCCCCAUUCGUGGGUGCCGAAGCCUUCCUUGCAAGUGGUUGAUGGAGGGAGCAACAAGUUGACCACCUUGGGAAAGAUGGUGAAUGACAAGAGCACAUUGACGGUCUUUGGUGCGGUGAUGGAUGGAAAGAAAUGGUCACUUUCCCAUGCUUCUGCCCCGCACUUUGAGCCACAUGACCAAGCUCAAGCUGCCAUUCUUGCGACGCUAGUGAAAGCUACAGCGACGUUGCGCUGCUGUUCAGUGCUUUGGGAGGUCAAGGUGAACAAUGGCACAAUCUCGCCAAGCGCAGUGGUUUUGUACCAGCAGAAGCAGGUCACGAUCCCGGCCUCGAGCUCGCUACAGUUGGACUGA